GAAUUUUGAACGGAGCCCAAUUCAAACGCAGACAAUGGUGGGGUUUUAAGAUAUGAGGCCACAGAUAAACCAUAAAUCCAAUGUUUUGGAUAUCAAAUCGGAACUUUUUGACCUCUUACGACAACGAAAAAGCUUGACAGAGACACUGGGGGCAUUAGAACGUCAAAUAUAUCUGUUUGAAGGCAGCUAUCUUGAUGACACGGCUCCUUAUGGGAACAUUAUCAAGGGUUGGGAUAGAUAUUUGAUGUCCAGCUCAAACUCUUUGGUCACUGGUAACUCCAACUUGUCAUUUUCCAGAACUGUUGGGGACAAACGCGCUCGGAAAUUCCGAGAUUCCGAUCGUCUUUUCUCGAGGUCUUCAGUCACAUCAGUUUCAGUAAGACUAAUUCCUAACGAACUUUCGUUCUAGUCUUUAAAUUCACAGAAUGAAAAUGAUUCAGGCAAGUGUGCUUGGUGUAUAUACAUCGAAUUCUAACAUAUGAAAAUGUGGUGUCUUUGUAAGCUGUAAUGCUUUGAAACUGCAUAAUGAGGUCAACAUUUUUUUGUUCAUGAAUGACUAUUUUUCAACUCGCUUUUCGGUAUUCGAAUGCUUUUGCAGUCUGGUCCCGAGCUCCCAAUUUUGGGGAAAAUUGGACCCAUUUUCGGGAAAUUUUGGGGAAGCCGCUAUGGUAAACUUUGGGGAAAUUGCACAAAAACCCCAAUAUUUCUCAUUAACUUCGGUCGAGGUCAUUCGACUUUGGGGAUUUCCCCAAACACUGGUGAAGGUCAUUUGACUUCGAGAGUUUCCCCAAAGUUGGUAGCUCGGGGUUAACUUAAAUAAGUCUAGUUUUUCCUACCUACAUAGGGACUUCUAAAACAGUAUUCAGGAGUUCAUGUCACACUUGAACAAAGAUUCAGAGAAAUUGUUCUAUGCCUUUAAGAGAUUUCUUAUGGAUCGGCUUUAUGUUAAAUAAUUAGACAUCAGCUGAUACGUUCUUUCGGUUAAAACGCGACUAUUGACCGUGUUAUUAUUUUUCACAUUGGUUUUCAACAGUCUGUUGAUUAGUAACGAUGUUUAAGUUGCUGUAAUUAGCUUCCUUAUAAGUUGUAAGCUUUUUACAACGUCUUGAAAAGAUAUUUUGUGUUCAAUACUACUCCUGUUAUUUUCUCUCAACAUUCUCAUCGUUCAGUUCUUCCACAGUCAUUGGUUCCAUAAUUAUUUUAAAUCCUUUACUAUUUAUUACUUGAUCCAAAUAUUCAAAGUGAUAUGUUUUUGAAACUUAUUGGUUCUUUUUCUAGUCCAUGUGAUCUGUUAUUUAGCUUUUCUCAUUAACCCUAAUUUCGUAUUAUACGACACAUUGAAUUAAACGUAUGUAGUGUUCAAAAAUUUUGUCACUCAUCUUAGUUAAUAAUAAUGUACUUAGAGGGCUAGUUUACAUUAUGAUUUACAUCCAUAAUCUUUUUAGCGAUUUAUUUACGAAAUCUUCACUUCGCAUUCAAGUCCCUUUCCAUUGUUGACUGACCUUGUAUCAAGGUAAAUAUGAUUACUGUGACGAUAGUAUGAAUAAAAGUUCCUCUUGUUUCACUUUGAACGCUACAGCGAUUAAUAAGUAACACUACGUUCUGGUCAUUUUGCAAGUUUCUCAAAGUAAAUGUUGAGCAGUUAAAUUAAUUAAUAUUACUGUUUGGUUUACUCCCCAAGUAUCCAAAUAAUUUUGCGUUCUAAAUUUUCUAGGAGUUCCUCCCAAUCUACCUCCAGUCAAUCAGCUUAUUUCAGGACAUUACAACCAACCUUCUCCUAAUUUCAUGUCCAAUGGGUUUUCAGGGAAUCAGUUCUCCCAAAUUGGCAAGAGUUUUUCAGGUUUCAGUAACGCUUCACAAUCUGGUAAAAAGAAAAAAUCUAGACAGCGAUAGACUACUGAAAUGACUCAUAAAUUGGUUUCAGAAAUCUGUAUGAUAUGGACAGAUGAAUACCAGUAUUGUAAAACUAUAUGAAUUCCUCUGCUGUUUUAAGUACAGUUACACUCAAAAAUUACAUUUUUGCUAGUAUUCAUUUGUUUGGUUACAUUUUGUAAAAGUAUCCCAUCAACAUUGAUAUCUUUCCAACCUUUAUAGUCAACCAAUAUGCGUCAAACCA